CCUCAAAAUCAAAUCUUUCCACCGACCAUUCACCUCUUCAGGAUCGAAUCCCAAUCUCCUAAACCUAUUUAGCACCCAAUCCACCCAUCCCUCUGUUGCAUGUCAAUGAGCAGACGGGCACCCACCGUGAUUUUAUCGCAGUGCGUGGCUAUGUCCGCAGAGUUAUCUGGUAACUUCCUGUGCUUCCUGCUAAUGAACCGAUUGAUUUGCCGUCUCAAUCCUUAUAGAAGAGGCCGUCUUUCUUUCUUUAGCAGCAGUAGUAGCUGUUCUUCCAACUGUGACGAUUUACACGGAUUAGUCGAUCCGGAUUGCUCAAUUUCCAGCAAUGGAUGGACAGUUGGUCAAGAAAACAAGAAACAAGUCGUCGUAUUUGCCAAAGACUUCGCCUUUUUGCAAGAGGAAGCUGCAGAUUGUAGCUCAACCUUCAAAAUCGAGCCCUCUGAAGAAGCUGUUUUGAUUUGUGAGGCAAUUAGGUCUAAUUUUGAUGACUUGGAAGAGGAGACACUGAAGUACCUGCGUCAGUUUCGGGGAAAGCUUGAUAAUAACCUUGUUAUCGAGGUGCUGAGGCUCUUAAAGGUUCCUGAAUUGGCGGUUAAGUUCUUCUUAUGGGCUGGGAGACAGAUUGGCUAUAGCCACGACACUCUCACUUUUGAUGCCUUGCUUGAUGUGCUUGGUUUCAAUGAGAAGAACAGUGUCCCUCAACAUUUUCUUAGAGAGAUUGAACUAGACGACAGAGAAGUGCUAGGGAGGUUGCUUAAUGUUUUGAUAAGAAAAUGCUGUCGAAAUGGAUUUUGGAACAUGGCGUUAGAGGAGCUUGGGAGGCUUAAGGACUUUGGUCAUAGGCCAUCCAGAACUGCUUAUAAUGCUCUGGUUCAGGUUCUUUUGACUGCUGACAUGUUGGAUUCGGCUUUUUUGGUUCAUAGGGAGAUGUCAGAUUCGGGGUGUUCAAUGGACAGGUUCACAAUAGGGUGCUUUGUUCAUGCAUUAUGCAAAGCUGGGAGGUGGGAGGAAGCUCUUAGUAUCCUAGAGAAGGAAGAUUUUACGCUUGACACAAUUUUAUGCACACAGAUGAUAAGUGGAUUGUUGGAAGCUUCUCUUUUUGAGGAAGCCAUGUCUCUGCUACACAGACUGCGCUCAAAUUCCCACUUGCCAAAUGUUGUGACUUAUAGAACACUACUUUCAGGCUUUUUAAAGAAAAAGCAGCUCGGAUGGUGUAAGAGGAUCGUCAACAUGAUGAUCAUGGAGGGUUGCCAUCCAAGCCCGUCAUUGUUUAAUUCUCUCUUACAUGCUUAUUGCACUGCGGGUGAUUAUAGUUAUGCUUACAAGAUGCUGAAAAAGAUGGAUGGAUGUGGUUGCCGACCAGGAUACGUACCUUAUAACAUUUUUAUCGGAGGACUUUGUGGGAAUGGGGAGGCAAGUUCUGCGAUGGUGGAAUUGGCAGAAAAAGUUUAUGAGGAAAUGCUCGAUGUUGGUGUUGUGCUUAACAAGGUAAAUGUUGUUAACUUCACAGAAUGCCUUUGCAACCUGGGAAAGUUUGAUAGGGCCUUCAAGGUUAUUCAAGAGAUGAUGAGGAAGGGGUUUGUACCUGAUACUAGUACAUAUACAAAAGUUAUUAGUUGUCUCUGCCAGGCUUCUAAGGUGGAGGAGGCUUUUUGUUUAUUUGAAGAAAUGAAAAGUACUGGUGUUGCACCUGAUGUUUAUACAUAUACCACUCUGAUAGACACUUUUUGUAAGGUUGGGCUUAUCCAACAGGCUAAAAAUUGGUUUGACGAAAUGAUAAGGAAUGGAUGCACACCAAAUGUUGUGACUUAUACUUCACUUAUACACUCCUACCUUAAAGCUAGGAGAGUUUCAGAGGCAAAUAAACUCUUUAUUAGUAUGCUUGGCAUGGGUUGUCUUCCCAAUGUGGUCACCUACAGUGCUUUAAUUGAUGGUCUUUGUAAGGCUGGCGACAUUGAGAAAGCAUGCCAAAUUUAUUCCAAAAUGACUGGAACAUCUGAAGGGAAUAAUGUUGACAUGUACUUUCAAGGUAAUAGUUCUAACACUACAGAACCAAAUGUUUUUACCUAUGGUGCAUUAGUUGAUGGUUUGUGUAAAGCUCACAAAGUUGUUGAGGCUCAUGAUUUGUUGGAUACAAUGCUAUCAUCUGGUUGUAAACCAAAUCAGGUUGUUUAUGAUGCUCUUGUUGAUGGUUUCUGCAAGGUUGGCAAACUUGACGAGGCACAAAAUGUUCUUGUUAGAAUGUCCCAGCAUGGUCAUACCCCGAGCGUGUAUACAUAUAGUUCCUUAAUUGAUAGGCUGUUUAAAGAUAAAAGGCUUGAUCUUGUUCUAGAGGUUCUGUCUAAAAUGUUGGUGAACUCUUGUGCUCCAAACGUUGUCACAUACACAGAGAUGAUUGACGGGCUUUGUAAGGUAGGAAAAACUGAGGCGGCAUAUAAGCUUUUUAAAAUGAUGGUAGAGAAAGGAAGUAAUCCUGAUGUUAUAACAUACACAGCCAUGAUAGAUGGUUUUGGAAAUGCAGAUAAAGUUAACAUGUGCCUUGAGCUUUAUGGGCAAAUGAUCGCCAAGGGUUGUGCUCCUAACUUUAUAACGUACAGAGUGUUGAUAAACCAUUGUUGUGGUGCUGGCCUUUUGGAUGAGGCACUUGAACUUCUAGGUGAGAUGAAGCAAACACACUGGCCAAUUCACGUGGCAGGUUACUGCAAAGUUAUUGAAGGUUUCAGUAGGAAAUUUAUAGCCUCGAUUGGACUCAUAGAAGAUAUAUCAAACUAUAGUUCAAUGCCUAUGGCUCCAGCUUACAAAAUUAUUAUUGGCAGUUUUUGCCAAGCUGGAAGGCUGGAUGAAGCUUUUGAUUUGUACAAAGAAGUUAAAUGCAGUUCAUUAUGCAGUCCCAUUUUAAAUCUGAAUACAUAUUCUGUCUUUAUUGAGGCCCUAUGUUUAGCAUCCAAGCUCGAUAAGGCAUUUCAGUUGUAUGGUGAUAUGAUUUUGAGGGGUCAUGUUCCAGAAUUAAUGCUCCUAUUCUGCCUUUUGAAGGGACUAAUUCAUGUUGGCAAGUGGGAAGAAGCACUCGAGCUCUCUUAUAGCAUAUGCCAUAUGGGCAUUAGUUGGGCUGAAGAAGAAAGCUCUGAUGUGGGCUAGAAUAGUUUUUUUGUCUAUUCUAAUCUGCUUGUCAGUGCUUUCGACAUCGUAUUUUCCUGAAUUAGAACUUCACUGGAAGGAGGAAAUUCAUGCAUUAGGCACCCAAGCGCUCACCAGGCUACUGCUUGAACUGCACUAAUUCGUUCGAAAUCUUCUAUGAGAUGCUAGCUGUUCCCGCAUGGCCUGAUUGCUGAAGCCUGCUUGAUCGCCAAUCUUCUACACCUGGAUUCCAUUGAUCAUGGAGUUGCUGUUGCCUUCUCCUUUGACCACGAAUCAUAUUUUGAUCACUAUUCCAUCCUCUUCAGCUUUAUGUCAGAACAAAAAAAAAAGGGCGCUUCAAGAAUUUACUUCUAGCCUGCUUAUGGAAAUCUGAAGAAUGUGCAGUCCUUUUAUGCUCACAAGCUUCUGCUUUUGUUGAUAAGGCUUUCUGCAGUUCAUAGGUGGGAAGAAAUAAGUUCAAAUCCAGAUUUUUAGAGCAAUUUUGCUGAAGAAUAUCGGUUGCCUUUGUUUGUGUUGAUGAGUACAACAAGCUUUACUUGACCAAAGAAUAAAAUAGAAUUGAAGUCAAUAAGGUCACGAGAAUGUAGUGGAAAAUUUUAGGCCAUCCAGCUUGAUGUAAUGGAAGUUUUAUAGUAUGGAACUGCCUCAUGUCUUUCUAAAGCUGUAUGUAUGUAUUAUGAUGAAUAAUAAAUAUCUAAGGAAAAACUUAAAAUGGUUGAUUAUUGAAGAUCAAUCUGCAAUUUUUAUUAAUUUCAUAAAAAAAAGAGUCUUUGUGAGUA